UCGACCCUGUCCCAUGCUGCCGUGCGCUGCCCGGCCGAGCGGCUCCGUCUCCCGGCUCCGUCCCGCCGCCGCCCCGCGUCCCCGCGUCCCCGCACCAUGAUCAAGCUCUUCUCGCUGAAGCAGCAGAAGAAGGAAGAAGACGCCGCCGGAGCCGCCAAGAGCGGCGCCAAGAAGGCGUCGGCCGCCCAGCUCCGCAUCCAGAAAGAUAUAAAUGAAUUGAAUUUACCUAAAACCUGUGAGAUAGUUUUCCCAGAUCCCGACGACCUCCUCAACUUCAAACUUAUCAUCUGUCCAGAUGAGGGUUUCUAUAAAGGAGGCAAAUUUGUAUUUAGUUUUAAGGUUGGACAAGGAUAUCCUCAUGAUCCUCCGAAGGUGAAAUGUGAAACCAUGGUAUAUCAUCCAAAUAUCGACUUAGAAGGCAACGUGUGCCUAAACAUCCUCAGAGAGGACUGGAAACCCGUACUAACGAUAAAUUCUAUAAUUUAUGGGCUGCAGUACCUGUUUUUGGAACCCAACCCCGAGGAUCCCCUGAACAAGGAGGCAGCAGAGGUCCUUCAGAACAACAGACGCCUCUUUGAACAGAACGUGCAGCGAUCCAUGCGGGGUGGCUACAUUGGUUCCACUUACUUCGAGCGAUGCCUUAAAUAGGGCCUAGAACGCACAAACUGAAGCCAGAGAGAGAGAGAAUCUGACAUACUUAAACAUAUAAAAACAUUAAAAUAAACUCGAUCGAUACCAGGAGGGUAUAGAGUGGAUGAGGAGGCAAUUCUCAGACCCCUCAGCAUAAUGUCACAGGAAGACAUGGAAUUGGAAUUUUUAUUUUAAAAAAGAGGACUGCUUGAUUGUUGUCAUAGCUCCAAAGCAUGCCAGGAAGUUUGAACUAGAUUUUGCUCCCCCCCCCCCCUUCCACACCCCCCCCCCCCCCCCCCCCCCCCUCCCCCCCCAAUUAAACUAAUUGUAAAUGUAUUUCACUGGGAGUGCUGCUGUCUUUAUCAUAAUACAUUUCCUAAAUGGCUCGAGUAUAAAUAGUCCCACUGACCCCCUUGGCCUUCUCUCCCAGCUCCCGUUCCAUCACCUCUGCUGCCGACAGGUUCCUCUGUAGGGGAGAGCAUGCAGAAUGGCACGGCUCCGACAAAGGAGGGAGGCCCGGAUGGAUCUGGAGAGAGAGAGAGAGAUGUUUACUCUGAAGCUGCGUCCAGUCUGUUUUGAAUGUUUUGCCUGUUCAUUAAGUUGUAUAGUUAUUUUUUUAACUGAAACGUUCCCUCCCCUUCUUAUUUGUGCCGUAGGUGAUUUCCCUGACUAUGUACAAUGUUGUUCAAGGUUCAGAUUCCUCUCCAUAGCUGUGUACCACAGGCUGCCAGCCAUUGCCAGAGCCCUGCAUGGCUCGGUGCAUCUGCUGCAUUGCCAGACCGGUGCAUCGUUCUGUAAAUAAUCGCAGCGCUCAGCCCCGAUCUGCAGCACCACCUUGAAGCAGGGGCUCUCAUUAAUAUCGAGUGCUGACGUAGCUGUAUACUUUAGUGAUGCUGCUCGUGAAUGCACCUGUUUUCAUAUCACCGAGUUAUUCUGAUGUUGGUGUAUGCAUCCACUGUGUUUUAAACUAGCUCAUGGUUCAGUUUUAAUUUAAAGGAUUUUGCCCAGUCUGUGAUGUUUAAUUUUUUGACCAGUCUUAUCUUGAAACUAAUUAAAAAAAUAAGAGUUACAUCUAACUAUCCCUUUAAAUGUAAUCCACUCCUGACUAUUAUUCUGCUUAGCAAUUUAACUGCGUCAGCCUAAUGACCAACCUCCCCCCAAAUCCCCUUCUGAGGUUGUCUGGCAAGGUGCAGUUACUGGACCUGGAACACCUGUUUAGCUCUGGGCCCAUGCGGUGAGUUAUUGCAGCUGGAUUGAAAGCCCUGCUUUCUGUUUUGAGGGGCUGGGGUGCAAGUGGAAGAGGCUCUUCACAGGAAGCGGGGCGCUGUGAUGUGUCCCCAGGGUGAAUAUCCAGUUGAACUGGUGCAGUUGGGAUUGCUGUAGCACCAAGUGCAAAACCUGUGGGGAGCGGCAGUGUUGCUGAUUUGUUCCAACACCAGUUUUCCCCAGGAUCUCUAUGAACAGUGUGAUGUGAGCCAGGAAGCUGAAUAAAAUCAGGCUUGAAACUUUGCACCAUGUCUCCCUUCACUCGUUAUGUUUGCAUUGCCUGGCUUUUAAUCAGAUGUCCAACUCUCAGUUACAAUUGUGUUGCUGCCUGAAUCGGUAACCCGCGUCACAUUGGGAUAGCCUUGAGUUCUUUUUGCCUUUGGUCUGAGGGCCGGUUUGAUGCCAAAUCUUCCUCAUUGGCUCUCAGUCAUUUUGUGCACUAUUUUUCCGUGCUGCUGUUGCAGAAAUGCUUCUGUUGGUUCAGCUCAGCAGAACCUCUUUCUGUCCAGAAUUUUGAGUGUUACUGACAAAUGUCAAGGAAGAUGUGAUGCAUGUUGCUGUGCACGUGACCAAUCUUGUGAUAAUGUGGUUACAAAUCCAAUUCUGUUGAGCAUAUGAUGUUUAUCAUUCAACCCGAACAGUGGAAAUCUAGAACAACGUAGAAUCCCUGUUGAUCAACACCAAAGGAAUUCACCCCACUGUUCCUCUCCUGACACAACCUUGGUUUACUCAUGAAGCUGAAACCUGUGAUCAGCUCUCCUGUCAUGUGUAAUGCAUGUGUUUAUAUGUUUAUACUGAGGGGGAGAAGAUGUUCUAUUGCAAACCUGCCCCCAGAGGGAAUCUGUGUGGUUAAUUGUCACCUGAAUGCGAGGAAAAAAAAUCACAGGUUCUCCAAAAAAAAGGUUCAGAUAUAUGUUUUUUUUGGUAAGAAUUGUACCUCUUUAGCUGGUAUGUUUGAUUCACACCACCUGCACAUUGGCACCAUAUGUUCAUGCUUGAGGAGAAUGUACUGUAUUUCAAUUAAAAAAAAUUGCAGUUGA